AUGGCAGAAAAGCAACCUCCCACAAUAGUCGAAGGUGCCACAACAGGCGAUGUUGAGGACGAGGUCCCAGUCGCCAAGUCUGCAGAAGACCGAAAAGCAGCGGCAGCACUAUCGUCCCUCGAUACACCCCGCGAUGAUGAAGCUGCUGGUGGGAAGGAUGUUGAUCAGGAAGCUGUGAAGAAAGCAAUGGACAGGUUGGCUGGUACGGGGACCGCCAAUGGCACUUCAACAAAGAAGGAGGAGGAGAAUAAGCCUGUCAAGAAGGUGGUCAAGGUUGACCAGGCUGAUGUUGCUUUGCUAAUCGAAGAACUCGAGCUCAGUAAAAUCAAGGCCACGGAUUUACUUAAAUCCCACGAUGGGAAGGUGGAAGAAGCGCUUCGAGCAUAUAUUACACCUGCGGCGUGA